ACUUGUCACAGAGAACGCAGAAUGAAGGACAAAGAAGAUUUGCAGUUGACGGACGUCUCGUAUGGGAACGAACAAGGCGUGGAUAAUCCAGUCUUUGUGAAGGAGGAUACAUUACCAGAUGACCUGAGUGACAGUGACAAAGAGUCAGAGAAGGAUUCAAAGUCAGAGAAGGAGUCAAGCUCAUGCAUGAGCAAAGCAUGUCUACCCAUCACAGUCACAGAGACCUUCUUCAAGACUCACUCCAAAAUAAUCAAAUAUAUUGUGUUGGCAAUCCUUGCUGCAGGUUAUCUGGCGUACUUCAUUUAUGCCUGUUAUUUAAGCUUCCAGAGGGCUCUUGCAUUGGUGGUCCUCACUUGUCUGGGAGUUUUCAUCCUCGUGUGCGAACUAGUGUUUCGGUACAAGGGUGACAGCAUCAAGAGGUGCUUCAAGCCUGUGCAGAGAUGUUUUAGAUCCAAUAUGAAAUGGAUGAAAUGGGUAUUCAUAGUAAUUGUGGUUGGUCUGUUGGUGGCAUGGCUGGCAGUCGACACACGAAAGCGCCCAGAGCAGCUCAUCUCUUUUGGUGGCGUCUGUCUGUUCAUUGUUGCAAUAUUUCUCUUCUCUGCACACCGAACUGCAGUGAGAUGGAGCACUGUCUUCUGGGGUCUUGGUUUACAGUUUGCCAUUGGUCUGUUUGUUAUUAGGACAGAGCCUGGUCUCGUUGCAUUCGAAUGGCUCGGAAAGCAAGUUCAGAUUUUUCUGGACUACACAAAAGCUGGUUCCGGGUUUGUGUUUGGAAACCUCAUUGACAACAUAUUUGCAUUCCAGGCUCUGCCUAUAGUGGUGUUCUUCAGCAGUGUAAUGUCAGUUCUGUACUACCUAGGGGUGAUGCAGUGGGUCAUCACAAAGAUCUCCUGGGUAAUGCAAGUAACAAUGGGAACAUCCUCCACAGAGACUCUCAGUGUAGCAGGAAACAUCUUUGUUGGCCAGACAGAGGCUCCCCUUCUGAUCCGUCCCUAUCUAAAGGACAUGACCAAAUCUGAGAUUCAUGCAGUGAUGACUGGUGGAUUUGCAACCAUUGCUGGAAGUGUAAUGGGUGCUUUCAUCUCAUUCGGGAUUGAUGCCUCGUCUUUGAUUUCUGCUUCAGUGAUGGCUGCUCCAUGUGCUUUAGCCAUCUCCAAACUGUCCUACCCUGAAACGGAAAAGAGCAAGUUCACAUCUAAAAGUCAAAUUAAAGUGGACAGUGGAGGUGAGCAGAACGUGUUGGAAGCUGUUAGCGGCGGUGCGUCUGCUUCUAUAGGGCUUGUGGCCAACAUUGCUGCUAACCUGAUUGCUUUUCUUGCCAUCUUGGGCUUCAUUAAUGCAACUCUAAGAUGGUUGGGGGGCAUGGUGGGAUACCCAGAUGUCACCUUUGAGGUUCGGUCAGAAAUCAUCUGCACUUAUGCCCUGUGUGGCUUUGCUAAUUUCAGCUCUCUUGGAAUUGUGAUUGGAGGCCUGUCCUCUAUUUGUCCACCAAAGAAGGGAGUAAUUUCUUCUUUAGUGCUCAGAGCCUUGUUCACAGGCACAUGUGUUUCUCUGAUCAAUGCCUGUAUUGCUGGUAUCCUUUUCGUUCCUCCCCUAGACUGUGUGGGUCUGCUUCAAAAUGCAGUCUUCGAACCUACUACAGCCAACCUUGAAACUUGCUGUUAUGAUCUUUUUAAAAGCACUGUCAACAAUGGAACGGUUUCUUUUGAGGGGUCCUGGAGUGUAGUGGCAAAUGCCACAAUUUAUUUUGAAAACUGUUGUGGCCUCUAUAAUGCAACUGUGUGCAUGUAGUUAGGCCAAGAGGUAACAUACAGUAUAAUAUAGCAAUGCAAAACUCUCUCAACUAAAUAUACUAGUAUUUAUUAAAUUAUCACAUUAUGAAAUGUUUGCUCAGUUGAUAGAUGUACAAAAUGUAUUUGAUUUUAUUUGCUCAUUUAUUCAAACCUAAAUUCCUCGUUUAUGUAGCCCAUAUGUGAGAGCAAUUUGUGUGCAAGUAUUUUAUUUUUCUUCUACAAAUUCUGUUGUUUUGUCUCCUGUAAAUGUUGUAAUUGUUGUAAGAAUUUACAUCCAAUUACAUUCUUAUCAAUGGCAGACA